AUGUCGACUGGAUGGGGCCCUCGGUUGCCUGACCUGGCGUUAAAUGUGGAGACAGGGGAUUUGGCUUCUGUGCAAUUAGCAGGAACUCCAAAUAGAUGGGAGGUCUUGUCUGCAGCUCCUGCCACUAUAAAGGAUGAAGCUGGUAAUAUAGUACAGAUUCCAGGUGCUGCCACAGUAACUUCAAGUGGGCAGUAUGUCCUUCCUAUUCAGAGUUUGCAAAAUCAACAAAUCUUUUCUGUUGCACCAGGAUCAGAUUCGUCGAAUGGUACAGUGUCUAACGUUCAGUACCAAGUAAUACCCCAGAUCCAGACAGCGGACGGUCAGCAAGUUCAACUGGGCUUUGCAGCCUCUUCUGAUAAUAGCAGUAUAAAUCAAGAAACCGGUCAAAUUCAGAUCAUUCCUGGCUCUAAUCAAACCAUCAUUGCCUCUGGAUCACCUUCAACUAAUAUUCAGAAUAUCUUGUCGCAGUCUGGUCAAGUCCAGGUUCAGGGAGUUGCAAUUGGUGGUUCGUCUUUUCCUGGCCAAGCACAAGUAGUUGCUAACGUCCCUCUUGGACUGCCAGGAAAUAUUACUUUUGUACCCAUCAAUAGUGUUGAUCUAGAUUCUCUGGGACUUGGCAGUGGUUCUCAAACCAUGACAGCAGGCAUUAAUGCAGAUGGGCACUUGAUAAAUACUGGACAGGCCAUGGAUAGUUCAGAUACUUCUGAAAGGACUGGUGAGCAAGUUUCUCCCGAAAUUACAGAAACCGCCACUGAUAAUGACUUAUUUGUGCCAACAUCAUCUUCAUCACAAUUGCCCGUUACCAUAGACAGUUCAAGUAUAUUGGAACAAAAUGCAAACAACCUGACCACAACUAGUGGUCAAGUUCACAGUUCUGAUCUUCAGGGAAAUUACAUUCAGACAUCAGUCUCUGAUGAUACGCAGGCUCAGAAUAUUCAGGUCUCCACAGCGCAGCCAAUUGUACAACACAUACAGCUUCAAGAGUCUCAGCAGCCAACCAGUCAAGCCCAGAUUGUACAAGGUAUUGCGCAACAGACAAUCCACGGUGUGCAAGCAAGUCAGAGUAUAUCUCCACAGGCUCUUCAGAAUCUUCAACUGCAGCUGAAUCCCGGAACUUUUUUAAUUCAGGCACAAACAGUGACCCCUUCUGGGCAGAUAACCUGGCAGACAUUUCAAGUGCAAGGAGUUCAGAAUUUGCAGAACCUGCAAAUUCAGAAUGCACCUGGUCAACAAAUAACUCUAACCCCUGUGCAGACUCUCACUCUUGGUCAAGUUGCAGCAGGUGGGGCACUGACAUCAACUCCUGUUAGUCUAAGCACUGCUCAGUUGCCAAAUCUACAGACAGUUACAGUAAACUCUAUAGAUUCUGCUGGUAUUCAGCUGCAUCAAGGAGAAAAUGCUGGCAGUCCUGCAGAUAUUAGGAUUAAAGAAGAGGAGCCUGAUCCAGAAGAGUGGCAGCUCAGUGGUGAUUCUACAUUGAAUACCAAUGAUCUAACACAUUUGAGAGUACAGGUGGUAGAUGAGGAAGGGGACCAACCACAUCAAGAGGGAAAAAGACUGCGACGAGUAGCUUGCACAUGUCCCAACUGCAAAGAAGGUGGUGGAAGGUAUGUAACUUGCAGUGUGAUACAAUGCAUGUAAUGAUGAAAACAAAUA